AUGAUAUUUGAUAAAGCAUUCUCACAACGGGAUUUGGUUAAAAAUGAGGUCAUUGUUGUAGUUUCUGAAGAAUACUGUAUCUAUGCGCUUCCACUCGAGCAGUGCUUACAAGUGAUUUAUAUGGACGCUCACAAUCGAUAUAAAAUGAUUGCUUUGCUAAAAGCUUACACAGCUUUACACUUAAUUUUACACAAUCUGACGCAAGUGGCGGCACCGAAAGAGUAA